AUGCCUACUGAACCCUUCCUGGAUAUCUUACUCACCAACCAUACGGACUCGAAGUCACUAUUUGCCCAUGUUACAGGCCGUGAUGAGAAAGGCGUGGUGAUGCUUCUCGCAGAUGGGGAGACAUUGUAUCGUCCCGAAUCGCCGUCCAAGAUUCUGCAGCCUGUGGGAGCAGACAUUGCCAUACACGUCGGCGAACCUGGAGCUCAGAAAAGGGUACGGAUACCGCACAUCUUUGGAGGCCGCAUCUGGUUCUGCAAGGAAAACCCUCUCACGUUUCUGUUGAAUCCUGGACCCGCGGUGGUAGAGCCGUCCGUGAUGAACCCGACCGACCCGAACUUUCGCGCUGACUGGGGUUUCUGCGAAUUCACUUACAACAACGACCAGUUGUAUGUGAACGUAUCAUAUGUUGACUUUGUGAGCUUGCCUAUCGGCCUGGAACUCGAAAACGAAGCUGGAAAAGUCACGCAUGUACGGGGUUUACCAAAGGAUGGGCUGGACCAAGUCUGCGAAGGAUUGAAGCGCCAGGGCGAAAAGGACGGCGCGGGAUGGGAGAAGCUUGUGGUCAAGUCAGAUUCAGGCUCCAACCUCCGAGCGCUGAGUAUCAAUGCUGCUGCAGAGCUGCACCCGGGAUUGCUGGAGAACUACUUUGCGCCAGAGAUUGAUGCGGCAUGGGAGCGAUACCAGAAAGAGGAUAUCGAGAUCAACACGCAGGCUGAAUGGGGCGACGUCAAGGGUCGAGUGCAUCACGACAAGCUCGUCUUCAAAGACGUGGGCAAAGACAAGCUUGAGUUUUCGUUUGCGAAGCCGUCAACUCGAGACAUUGUAUCGUGCAGCUCCGGGCCGUUUGCCGGGGGUCCAGACGUUACGCCGGCGCAGCUCAACGUCGGGGCCCGGCUUGCGGCUGCGCUAAACAGGACGACGCUGUCGGACAACUGCCGGCAACCUGAGGGAGAAAAGGUAAAGACUGAAGCAAGCUCGGAGGAUAUCUUGCUAGAUCCUUAUCAGGAGCCAUUCGGUUGUAUGGAUUACAUGUAA